AAUAAGAAUUUAGAGACUCAUUGAAAUAAAACUAAAAAGUUCAGACACUUGAUAAUAAAAUUUGCAAGUAACACAUAAUCACACGUAAAAAAUAAAGGGUAAAGAAUGUGAUUCAUUCAAGCUUUGUCCAUUGCUAUAGCCAUUAUGCACUGCUGACAAAAUUUGAUCAUUGUUUAGAAAUAUCCCAAGCAGAGGCGACUAUUCCCCUAGUAAUGUAUUUUUUAAUCUAUAUAUAUGAUAGUUUAUAUUAUUGCCUCUCAUUCUUUAGGUUAGUUCUUCCCACUUCUUGGGUUGUCCUCAAUUUCUUGCUUCCCUUCAUCAGUUCCCGGGUCGGCCACGGUUGAUCCCUUUUUGUUUUUUUGGGCUGAAGCAAGCUACUAUAGUACAAGAUUGUACAUUUUUGUUUUUUGUUUUUUGAGCUGCAAUACAAGAUUGUACACUUAGGCCUACGGCUAGUGUUUAAUUUGAUGUGUAGUGCAUAGAGCUGUAUUCUUCAUUGUUGUAACUAUGUUUGCUUGUCACUUGUUUCUUGUCUAGCAUUCCAAACAUUGAUGAGAGGGGAAAAGGAUAAAUUCUUGAAUUGGUUAUGUCUGCAAUGGAAAAUGCAUGGAGGGUUCCUACUCAACCUUAUAAAGAGAGGCUACUUUUUUGCAGUAGCUACUAACAGAAUUAUUGGUUUAGCAAGGAACAAGAAGGGAAUUUACAUUGCUUGCUGAUACAUUUUGUUGUCUAAUUUGUGGUUCCAUUGGUGUAUCCUAACAAUGAGAUGUUUCUUGAAUUAUCUAAAAUAGAGUAUCUCCUUUUACAUUAAGAAUUGAUAAAUCAUAAAAUCUUUAAUUCCUCAUUGGAGAGAGACAAGAAUAUGCAGGCCUUUGGCCACAGCCUGUCAACUUCCCCACUUCUUGUUGGGCAGUCAUUGAGCAUCUUAACACCCUAGUGUUUGUAAAAUCAAACAUGUUGCAACUCUGCUUUCAGGCCAUGUAAGUCUGUCAAAUUUGUGGAUAAUAAAGUUUGUUGUGAGUUAUGAUCAUGAAAUAAUAGCUAAGGACCUUCUUUGUUGUAAAAAUCAUUUAGCAGAAUCAUAGACACAUUUUAUGGUAUCCCCUUGAAGUGUUAAUUAUCAUGCAAAAGUAGGCCAGCAUGCCCAUCUGCUUGACAACACCUUAUUUUCACUCAUCACAUGGCUUUGCUUCCUAUGGUUUCUUGGAUUAGGAGGCCCAAUCAAUGAGACUGUUUCUGGCUUUGUGAAUAUAUAUAUAUAUAAGCAAUCCACCUGUAUACCCUCUACAUAAGAUCUAAAAUCUGAAAAAAGACUUUCUUCCUUUCUUUUAUCUCAGAAUAUUCAAAACUUCCGUGCAGUUUUAUUAACAAGAUGAUCAGUGCAAAGAAGCUUCUCAUAUUGGCAAGGAAAUGGCAGAAGCUGGCUGUUCUUAAGCGAAAAAGAAUCUCAAUUCCAAGAAUUGUUGGGAGUCCAGAUGCAGAGUGCUGUAGCACAUCAAAUACAGUUGAGAAAGGGCACUUUGUUGUGUAUACUAAUGAUCAGAAACGCUUUGUGCUUCCUUUAGAAUAUCUUAAGAAUGAGAUUGUCAGAGAACUGUUUAAGCUAGCAGAAGAAGAGUUUGGGUUGGUGAGCAACACGCCUCUUACAUUACCAUGUGAUGCUGUAUUACUGCAAUACAUAAUUGGUUUGAUCCAAAGACAUGUAACUAAAGAAGUAGAGAAAGCAUUGCUCAUGUUCAUAGCUAGCAGUCACUGUUCCUCAUCAUUGUAUCCUCUUCAAGCAGAUGCAAGUCAACAAAUACUUAUCUGCAGCUUCUGAACUACAUUAUGUAAUUGAUCCAAAAAGAUAUACAUACAUAUAUUUUUUUAGCAAAUUGUUUGUAAAGGAGAAAUAGGACUCAUUUUUUCUGAAAUGAAUAUACAAUAAUCAACAAUUAGUCUUU